GAUCUCACCGCGGUCAGUCAGUUCUGCUGUGACAGUCCAGGGGUAUGGAGGAUUACGGGCGGCGUGAACCGUUCGUCGGCAUGUGAGCACCGCCACGGUUCCGUCCGACAGCCGUGCCAGCCGACCCAAGGCGAGAGGAGAUCAUGGGACCGAGUCGGUCGCUGCUGCUGCUGCUGCUGCUGCUGGCUGUUCUCAGACCGGGGCUGAGCAGUCAACUGAAGGACGGCCAGGACAACCUGCUGCGAAGCUACGCCAAGGACCUGGACAGCUUCAGCACAAGCACGCCGAGCACCACCACCGCCUCCGAUGAAGAUGACGAUGACGAUGACGAUGACGAUGAUGACUACGACUACUAUGACGAGGAUGACUAUGAUGACGAGUUCGACGACGUCAUCUAUACCAAGGAUGCCAGCGGAUGUCCGACGCCUUUCCUAGGACGCUGCCGUUGCGGCAUGAUGAUGUACCAGAACGAGGAAAGGUACGUGGUGAACUGCACCAACACGGGAUUCACCAACGCCACCAUGCUGCGUGCCCUUCCCGACGAGACUGAGGUCCUCAUCUUCACCGGCAACUUCCUCGAGGUUCUGCCCACCAACAUCUUCGGCACGGUCGCCGACUUCGAAGACCUGGAAACUAUAGACAUGAGCAAUAACGGCAUCAAGGAGAUCAAGGGCAAGACGUACCACCGCGUGUCCAACGUGAAGACGUUGAUCCUGAAUCACAAUAGUUUGUACAUCGUCGAUUCUAAACAUCACCCGCGCGUCUUCAGCAAUUUCAUGAAUCUGGAAAACCUGCAUUUGACAAAUGCCUUCACAGAGGAGGUCGAUUCAAACUGGUACAUGGUCAGCUUAGAAAUAAUUUUCCAAGGCAGUAUGCUCACCAAGCUGAAGAAGCUGCACCUGGAGCAGAACGAGAUCUGGAACCUGCGCGAUCCACGCACCUUCUGCCACCUACCGUCGCUGGAGCACCUGUACCUGGGCAGCAACCGCUUCACCGGCGUUGACAUGGACCUGCAGUGCCUGAACAAAAUCAGCUUCCUGGACCUCGAGUAUAACUCGAUCCGGCGGCUGGACGGCAACGCCACGGCCCGGCUCGACCAGCUGGCCGCCAAGAACCCCAACUUCGCCGUCAAGCUGGCGAUGAACCCGUUCUACUGCGACUGCGACAUCAAGGACUUCUUCGAGUGGAUGCAAACGACGCGCGUGCGCCUGGUGGGCAGCGAAAUGUACCGCUGCUUCGAGGGUCGGCCGGCUUCCAACGAGAACCUGCCGGUCAUGAAGCUGAAGCACGUGGAGUGCACGCCGGCGCCGGCGGCGCGCACCUCGGCCGCGUCGGCGGUGCUCGGCGUGCUGGUGUUCGUCAUGUGCGUGCUGCUGGCCGUGGUGCUGUACAUGCACCGGCACCAGCUGGUGCGGCGCGCCAAGACGCUCCAACCCCAGCUCCGCACCGCCAUCGGGAACGUGAAGCGCUCGCGCCAGUACACCAACAUCGAGCACGAGGAGGCUCCCGAGGUCGAGGUCUGAGGUGCGAUGUCGCGGGGCUGAGAUGUGAGCGCGAAGCGCCGGCCCCGGGGUGAGUGGUACGCAGACUGUCAGGCUGACGUGGGCGACGCCGCGGCUGCGACCCCUGGCGCAUAUGGCCAAGUUGUGACAGCACGCCUGCCGCUGGGCUGGAGAGGGGGAGGAGCUCCACGGACGUCGCCGCAGGCGCACGGGAGCGCCGCGCUGCUAUCACCUGGUGUGGACGGCGGGGCUCGUCUCACUUGGCCGGAGUCUGCGUCGCGCUUUCCCCGGUGUGUGAAGUGAACGGUGCCGCCACUCGCAGCGCGGCGAGGCCGGGACAGAAAAGACUAGGCAUGGCCUAGGGUCGGAGACGUGACACGGUCCGUCUGAUACGAGAAGAAGGCUUCGUCACCGGCGCCGAUGUUCUGCUUCCGCGCAAAACACGGAGGGACGCGUUCUUCCCCUGCGUUAAUGAGCUUUGCGAGUGAUGGACGUACAUUCCAUUAGGGUGCUGUCUUGCGAGUGAUGAGUUGAGGCGCGGGAUGAGGCUGAAGUAAUGUUACAUUUUCGCCUGAUUAUAGGUCUUCUACGAUCAAAGGAAUCGCGCAAUAUCGUCUGCUAAUUUCGUAUAUCCUGUGUGGCACAUAGGACGGGGGAAAUGCCAGAACAGUGGUGCUAAGUAGACGAGGACAUAUUGCAUUCAGGAAGCGUAGUAAUAGCGUGUUAGCAGCUCUGUGAACCGCGCAAGUCACGUUAGUACUAACAGUAUUUAUCAACUGGCCCACGUCACCAUAACAUUAGCAUUUCUUCGCGCGAGACGUGAAUCCUCAUGCUUACUCUGCGCGCCAGCUACACCAGCAACUGUGUGAUGUCGGCAGCUAAUCUUGAACAGAACCAGAAUACAUUAUAUUUUUAACAAUA